AUGCCCGACGUGAAACUGCUGACGGGCCAUCUUCUGACCAUAAAAACCGUCUCAGAGUCGUUCCCGUCCAACACGGUCAUGCACAACGUCUUCUGGGAAAUAUCUAAGCGAUUUCCUAGUGGAUUCUUCUACAUUGAUCUCUGGCCAUUUAGUAGAACCACCUUGGUCAUCACAACCCCAUCCGGAGCAGCCCAAGUCGAAGCCUUUGACCUGGCGGUGCCUGAUUCGAUCGUUCAUCCAAUCGAGACUAUUACCGGCGGGCCGAGCUUAUUGACGAUGCGAAUCGGCCCGCAAUGGAAGAGACAGCGUCGAGCUCUGAGCUCUGGGUUCAGCGCAAGCAGCAUGAUGGCACUCGCACCAGCAGUGGCAGAAGAGGUUGCUGUUUUCCGGCGUCUCCUCCUUGACCGAUGCUCAGCAGGGACCUCUGACGUAUUCCAGCUGGAAGAAUUGACGUUGAGAUUGACGUUCGAUGUUAUCGGAGUUGUCACCUUCGGCACCAAGUUGCACUGCCAAACGACGAACAAUGAGCUGGCGAGAGCUAUGCGGACGCAGAUUGAAUGGACCACCUUCACCGCCAUGAACCCCCUGCAGCGAUAUCUCUCCCUCCGCCCUCUCGUUCACUGGAUAAAUGGGCGGCGCAUGGAUAAAUACAUCGCCGUAGAGAUUGAGAAGAGGUUCGAAGAAUGUCUUAAUACACAGGUGGACAAAGGUCCGGACACACAACGUUACCCGUCAACAAUAUCACUGCUUCUAGACGAUAUGAUGCAGCAAAACGAAGGAGUCAAGGCCUUGCAUACACAUAAAGAGUCGUUGAAGAAAACAAUGACGGCCCAGCUGCGUGCCUAUUUAUUCGGGGGCCACGAUACAACUAGCAGCACUCUGUUAUAUUGCUACUACCUCCUCUCGGCGCAUCCAGAUGUUUUGGAGAAAGUCAUGGCCGAGCACGACAGCGUCUUUGGUGCCGGGACGGCGUCUCGAGAGCAUGACUUGAUUUGCGAAAAUCCAAACUGGCUUAAUCAGCUCUCAUACACGUUGGCGGUGAUCAAAGAGGUGCUGCGCAUCUUCCCUCCUGCUGCGUCGAUGCGCGAAGGGCGACCGGGUGCCGAAGUCACUGACGAGCAGGGCCGUGUUUACCCCACCGAAGGGUGUAACGUGUGGUCGCUGACCUUGGCCAUCCACCAUAAUCCCAAAUACUGGGCCGAUCCCGAGGAUUUCAACCCUGACAGAUGGCUUGUCGGUCCUGAGGAUCCCCUAUACCCCGUUAAAGGGGCGUGGAUACCAUUCCAGCACGGCCCUAAGAACUGCCUGGGGCAGCCGCUCGCGAUACUUGAGCUGAAGAUCUGUCUUGUGAUGACACUUCGAGAGUUUUGCAUCAAUCCAGCCUAUGAGGCAUGGGAUGUGAGACAUCCAAGACGGGGCAUCAAGACGAUCAACGGAAACAAAGCGUACCAAGCUGAGAAAGGUGGGGGCGGUGCACACCCUGCGGAUGGGUUGCCCGUGAGGGUUACGCUACGAAAAAGAUAA